CGAAGUUUCAAGGCGUACGUGCAUACAGUGACACUUGUUGAAUCUAAAAUCAUCUAAAAAGUUUCGUAAAAUGAUAAAUAUGCAAAACAGUUGAAUUUUUAAACAAAACUACUGACGUUUGUUACUCGGAGGACAUUUUCCUGAGUCGGUUUACGAAUUUACGAGCAGUAAUGGAUAAGAAUGAAUAUGUGAAACGGUGGCUGUGGCACGCUUUCAAUGGAUUGGAUAGCGAAGGAACGGUCGAUCCGCAACAACUCAAGGUGCUGACGGCCCAUGUCGGUGCCUCGCUCGGCUCUGAAAACAAGGGCAACAUCGCCCACAAAGUCACAGAGAGGUACCGCUGCGAGAGCACCCUGGCCGUCUGUUUCAGCAACUACCUGGAGUUCCUGGACAACGAGGGCUUCCUGAACAACGACAAAGUCGACCUCAAGAAACUUGAAGAGACACUGUGGGCGCUCUGCCUGACGGACUACCAGCAUCGGGAUCACAAGAUGGUGGCCGAUCCGGAGCUACGCAAGCUCUGGCAGAUUUUUAACUUCCUCGCCGAGCCGGAUAGCCUGCCCGUCGCCAUCGAUCGGGAGGAAAUGGUUCUCUUGACGGAGAAGCUGGUCCUGGCGAUGGGCAUGAAGUGGGACCUGUCCCGUUUCGAUCACGUGACCAAGAACUUGAAAAUGUUCACCUUCACCAAGAUGAUGGUCUGUUUCGAGUCGGCGUUCGCCCGAGACAUGGAUCAGAUGUGCAUCGCGGAGGCUGUCAUGGAAGUUUAUGAUGAGAUCAUCGAAGAAGUCGAAAAGAAGGGCUUUCUGCAUAAGAAGGGACACGUGAUGAAGAAUUGGAAGGAGCGUUGGUUUGUCCUCAAGCCGCGCCAUCUGACCUACUACACGAGCCGCAAGGAGAAGGACAAGAAAGGCGACAUCCAUAUUAAGGCAUCUUGGAAGGCCGAGAUCAUCGACGAUCAGAAAAACUACGAUAACUGCUUUGCGAUUUGGACAGAUGACAAAAGCGACAAGGACAAGUCAAGAUACGAACUGAGUGCAGCGGAUCCGCGCACCCGGCAGGCUUGGAUGAUAGCAUUGAGAGGCAUCAUCACACGGGAACAGACCAAAGGGACAGGCCAGUACGGCAAACUGCUGGAGAGGCGGGCAAGGAGGAAGAAAGAGCGCGAAGAGGAGGAAGAGCAGAAAAGACUGAUGGAAGAGGAGAAGAGAAAGAGGGAGGCGGAGCUCCGAGAAGACAGAAGGAGGCAAGAAGAAGCCAAAGAUAAAGCCGAAAGGGAGCUGGCCAAGACCAAGGCCAGGGAGGAAGAAGAGCGAAAGCGACGACAGGAAGAAGAGGAGGCGCGACAGAAAGCCGAGGCGGAGCGGGAGAAGGCCAACAAAGCCCUGUUGCAGUCGGAGGAAAGGCUUAAGGCCGAGGAGGAACUGAGACGCCAGAAGGAAGAGGAGGAGAGACUGAGGAGGGAGCAAGACGAGGCGGAGAGGGAACGCAUCGCCAGGGAACGAGACGAAAUCCGUAAGGCUCUGAAGGAAGCAAGUGAGCGGGCGGAUAUGGAAGCUGGUCUUAAGGAGGCGGAGCAGAGACGUCUGGCUGAGUUGGAGGAAACUCUGAAACGUCUUCAGAUGUCGCUGGAUGAGGAGAAACGGUUGAGGCUGGAGCAAGAGCAAGCCAGGGAGCUCAAGCAAAGACUCCUUGACGAGGAGAUGCAGAAGCGAGAGAAACUGGAGCAACUCAAGGAGGAGCAGGCCCGUCUCCUGGCCCAAGAGCAACAGCGACGGGAGGACCUAGAAAUCAAGAGCGAGGAAUUGAGUCAAGAAUUUGUGAUGCAAGAAGCGAAAUUGGAGGAAGAAAGGAGCAAGCUCGCGGAGCUGGAAACCCAGCGUCACGCGGCCGACGAAAAAUUGCAGGCUGCCAUGGAUAAGAUUGAAGAGGCAGAAAAGAAACGGAAGAUCAUUCAGAAGAAGAGAGACGAGCUAAGCAAGAAGAACACAUCGUUGGGUCUGGCCCAAACCAUCAAGCCCAAAGCCCGCCCUCUAGUGACACACAGGGGACUACCGUCAUCCGCCUUCUCAAAGUUUGGGCCCGAAGCCAGUCCUCAACAGACUGACCAAGACAAACCAAAGGAUGACAAGCAGACUGGAGAGAACGCCAUGAACAGCCAAGCAGCGGCCAACGGUCAUUUAUAAAAACGCAGCCUUUGCCAGACAGACUUCGAAAAAGAAGUCGGCUAGGAAAUCUGUCACAAACCAUUCACUAUCUGCUGUGAAUGAAAAAUGAAAAAUGUUCAAAUUUUGAAGUUCACAUGCAGAGUUUACUAAGCUGAUUGAUUUUCUUGUUCAUUGAUUUGUAUCCGAUAUUAAUUGAGUAUGGCUCUUUUUCCUUUCUUUUGCUUAUUUUUGAAAUACUGCUAAUUUACUUGAGGUUAAUCUGAUGAGAAUAGAUAAAUUAUUAAGGUUGUCCGGGAUAUACUGAAUAUUCAAAUAUUCGAUCAUCAACCGAAUAUUCGAAUAGCCUUUUACCGAUUGGAAUAUAAAAAAAAAGUAUAGUUUGAAAGUAUAGUUUCAAAAUGUAUAGUUUCAAAAUGCUCCUAAUUUAACCAGAAUUAAUUUCUUUAGCUAAAAUUCAGACUUAAUAUCGCUUACAUAACAUACUUCAAUUUGCGACGGAUCAACCCACCUUGGAAAUUCCUAGUUUUUGAGUAAAAUCCAUAUAUCUAUUUCGUGAUAACCUUGUGGAGAGGUAUUCAUCUAUAAUAAUUGCCCUGUGAAGACGUAUACAAUCUUUUGUUCCCUAUUAUACCCAUGUCUCCAGAGGGUACCGUGUAUCAGAUCAAACACACGUAUGUACAUGCCUGUGAUGUUAUUUUAAUCGUAACUUUGGGCGCUUUAUUGUCAAACAGUAACUUUUAUUGUCGACGGCAGUUUAUUGUUUCCAUCCUUUUAGCAGGUUAAAUCCCUUGACCCUUAUAAAAUGCUGCAAAACCUCCAGCAGCCCAUAACAUCGAUUGCUGCAUGCUAAUUAUAAACCGCACGCUUUACGUGUAACUUUUGACGGGCGCGGCAUGCAUUUGCAGCUGGCGUGUGUAAACUGUUAGAUCGCAAGUUUCGAAUAUUCAAAUAUUCGUUAAAACUCAGUUUUGAUUAAUCGAAUACUAAAUUAUUCGAAGACGGACAGCCCUAAAAGUGAUUCUGCAAGUGGCAUUUUCAAUAUUAUUGAUGUGCCAUAACAGUCAGGGCAAUAUUUUAUUCAGAGGGAUAUAUUUUUUUUAAAGCUUGCUUUGUUUUAGAGUAAAAAGAAUAGGCCUAAGGUUUUAUUUAAUGAAUAUGAUUGAAUAUUAUUGCUACUUUGGCACUGAAAUUUCUUCGAGAAGUAGUGCAAAAUCUUUUUGAAGAUGGUUUGUGAUUAGGGCAUUGAUAAUGUGAUAGAAAUAUUCAUACUUGUCAUUUCUAGUUUCAGGUUAGUAGUUUGUUAAUCUUUUUAUCAAUCAGUGCCAUUAUAUGUUGUGUCCUCGGGCAAGCCACUUCACCGUACUUGCCUCUCUCCACCCAACUUGCCUCUCCCCACCCAGGAGUAUGCAUGGGUACCGGUAUUAGCUGGGGAGUAGCCUGUUAUGGACUAGCACACAAUCCAGGAGGAUCGGGAAUAGAAAUAUUCUCAGUCAUUUCAUGCUACUGAAACUGGAGCUAAACGCGGGCGUGAUGGGCCACAUUGGUUCGUGGCAGACUUUACGUACUAUUUUUGAAAAUCUUUUUUUAUCAUGACUUAUUGACUAAAAUAAGUGCCAUUGUACAAAAAAGAAUGGUUUGCCCCUUCAAUCUUAAAAAUAGAUAUUUCUGACACAUAUUUUCAUAUUUUUUUAACUAUGAUGUUUAUUGACGAUGGGAAAUUCCUAAAAAAACUUUGAUAUUUUUGAUAAUGCUGAAAGACUGUUCGUGUUUGUAAAUUUACAAAAUCAUUUACAAAAUGACAUUUUUUAAAAAUUGAAAUAGAUAUUACUGACAUUUUCAUAUUUUUUAAACUAUAAUGUUGGAAAUUUCCAGUAUUUUGGACACUUGUGAUAACGUUGAAAGACUUCUCAUAUUUGUAAUGAAUAAAAACUUGUUUACUCUUUUGUAUGAAUAUUACUUUUGGAAAAACAAUUUUCACUUUAAAAUUUCUAAAGGUUUGCUUGAAUCUUUUUAUAUAUUUUUGCACUAAUACUCAAUUUAUUUUGCGUUUGUGUAUAGUUUUUGUAAAUUUGAUGGCAACAAUAGGUUUUAGAAUAAGGGAAUAAGGUGCCGUGUUCAUUUCUGAAAUUCCGUGAUUUGCUUUUGUUUUUGUUUUGUUUAGAAGAAAUUUAAAUUAGUUAACCUAGUUAUUAAACUCCAUGUUAUCAAUUUUUGAUUUAGUCUUGGAAAUGUAUAAAUUGUUUUAUAAAACUUUACCAUGAGGCACUUGUGUUACAUAAUUGUAACAAAAGUAUUUUGGGAAAAGAGCAGGGGCGGAAAUCACGGGGGGGGGGGGGGUAUAUCCCCCCACUUUUUGACCAGGGGGGAUGGGCUAUUGAAUCCCCCCCUCACUUUUUCGUGAUGAGAAAAAAAUAAGUUGAUUUUGAGGUAAUUCAAUAUCCCAACGACCAAAAUUUAUUCAAUAGCCCCGAUAAGUGGUGAAACAAAGAGCAAAAGCUUUUAAAACGCGCCUAUUUGAUGCAAGUAUAUAUAUAUUGAUAUACAUCUAUAUCCUGAAGAGCGCCCCCUAGUGUAAUGUGGUGUCAGGCCCCCCCCCCCUUCUUUUUGAAUUUCCACUGGUUUUGGUCAUCCCCCAACUCGCCGGCACAGAUUUACGCCACUGGGAAAGAUCAAGUCAAAUUGCAAGUAUUCUCUUCCAUAAACCAUUUAACACACUCAAAAAGAUGGCAGCAAAAUUUCUGUAUUUCUCCAACUUCAAAUAUUUAAUGUUGAUUUUGAAUUGUUUCAAUCUUCUUUUCAUUAUGCUUGAUCUUGUUUGUAGUUUAUUCUUAGAUUUUUAUUUGAAUAAAUCAAUUUCUUGUUUUCUUGAAAGUUCUGCCCUGAUGGCUGGUCAAAUAUUGAAGGAAAUGUUUAUUAAAAAAAAUGCGAUAUUCAAACUA